AUGAAAGCAAGAAAAGAAUUAGGCGAUGUACCGGCUGAAAACAAAAAUGACAUGUAUUUUAAGUCUUUAGCUUGGCUUCGCACUGACGUAAAGGUUUUGAGAAAGGAUGAGAUUGAGUUGCUUCCAGGCCUGCUCGUGCCCUACAUGGCGGUUAUUUUCGUCGGCAGAGACCACCUGCCAUUUCCCUCUUUAACAAAAACAAGCAAAGCGAAUAGAAUCAACGAUUUUCAUCGGGAGUGGCUGCGUCAGCACCGUGCACGCAUGGACUGGCAAGCCAUAAUUAAUCCGUGUUAUGAAAAUAUGGCCUGGGGAAAAGUGAAGGAUGGUUGGGAAAAACCUAACAGAACUAACGCCUCUACAAGUGACAUCAUAUUUCAGGACAUAAGGCCUGCAGGAGAGUACUGUAAGAUAUUCAUCCAAUCAAAAACGUCGGAUAAUAGAAGGAAAGAUAUUGGUGGAGACACCUGGAGGGUCUACGUACGUGGACCAUCGAGCAUUGCGGCGACUGUGUUUGAUCACAAUAAUGGAACUUAUGAAGCCCUGUUCCUCAUUAUGGAGCCUGGUACCUAUCAGCUGUUGGUUUACCUGGAUUAUAGUCUGUGCGAUGGUUUCAAGGACCCACCACGUGACUGGUUUAUUAUGGGGAACGCUCAAGGGAAAUUUCAGCGGGAGGGUCUUCUUGGCUUUCUGGAUGAUUACUUGGUACAGCCCCUUCAGAACGGAACUUAUUUCGAGAUUAACGUAACAAAAGCAGAGAUAAACCUUGCAUUAGAUGACAAACUUCGUUCUUUAGAGUCUUGCCCCUCUACGUGUAAUAACUUGUGGGAUGGAUUUGGUCGGUGGAGGAAUGACACAUGGCGGCCAUACCUUGAAGAAUCAUACAACUGGUCCUUACCAGCAAACCACAGCUCUUCUGGCACUUUCUGGGUGUACGGUGAUUCACUAGGGGUUCGCCUGUAUCAGUCAAUCAGCUCUCGAGCCCUUUGUAGGAAGCUGUACUCGAAAUGCAAAAACAGCUAUAACUGGCUCUAUCCAGUAAUCAACGCAGCAAAGAGCAGAAUAGAAAACGAUAGCCUCGACUUCCGCGCUGAGGAAGUCUUGAAGGCCAUUCGCAGAGUCCUCACUACGACAGAAUUACAGCAAUCUUCCAGUCUGUUACUUUUAAACCUUGGUCUUCAUUAUACUGCCAGCGUAAAUUUUACAACUUUCCAGAAGGUCAUCAGUGAAGUCAUAAACUUAUUGAAAGAGACACAAGUCGACUCACAGGGCAAAGAAGGUCUAAUGUAUAAGGCAAAGAUCAUUUGGAAGUCAACUACAGCUUUAUGUAAGCAUCAUGGAAAGGAAUUUAACCCAACAGAUAGCAGGUUCCUUACACCGCAGCGAGUUCUUUUGUUCAGCGCCUACGCCAUGUCAGCCAUGUGUCAAGCGGGUUUUGACGUCAUAGACGUGUACCCAAUGACAGAGUCGUAUCCGGGGGGUACGUUUGCUGAAGACGUCGUUCACUAUCCAGACAAAGUGUUUAGUGCCUUGGAAACGCUUUUAGAGAAGUAUAAAGUAAACAGAAUUGAAGGAAUAGGAACAGAUGAUAGCAAGAUAAGAAUUAGGCGAUGUACCGGCUGAAAACAAUAAUGACAGGUAUUCUAAGUCUUUAGCUUGGCCUCGCAAUGACGCAGAGGUUUUGGAAAAGGGUGGGAUUGAAUUGUUCCCAGGCCCGCUUGUGUUUGACAUGGCACACAUCUUAGUCGGCAGAGGUUACAGUUGAGGGUUUGGUUCGAUUUGUUCGGAGUAGGUCGGUUGUUAAGCCUCCAAAAUACCUUGAGGUUUGAUAAAUCGAACUUUUUCUGUGGACAGUGACUAUUUGGUCAAGAGAGCUGCCUUUUAAUUAAGUAAAGUUAAUUCCUGUUUAAGAAGGACAUUGUUGCAGAAAAGCCAUCUAACGACUGCAAGAAGUUCCCCCACCCCCAGCCAAAAUCUUUUCGCAAUCAAAAGGAUCCGGUAGGUUAUUCAGUAUGUGUUCUCUGAAUGGCAAGAGAUUAAGACUGCAACGAUAAGAUAAAAGUGAUCGAAUGUUAGAAUUAACGGAACCCUUACACUUUGAGGACGGCCAGAAGUUACACGUCGUCUUGGCAACAUGGGUUUCUACCUUUCUUGAUAAGUAUGGGGCUUCGCUUGGUGCCCCCCGCGAGCUCCGCUAUCAGCCGGGGAAUGUUUUUUUGGUUUGACGCCAAUUUCAAAAGAAAAAAAAAUGAAAUUUAUGCUGAUUUAAUUAAAUAAACUUGUUAGAUUCUGGUGGGAACUCGAUACGAGUAGUCCAACAGUUGUAAACAGAAUGGUAUCAACAAAAUUCGAAAGCUUCAUAGCAAUUAGACUAAUUUACAAUUAUUCGCCUCAGGCUCAGUGAGCAUUAUUCACUGCGUCUUCGGCGAGUGGUUGUCAAAUAAUAUAUAGGGCAUAAGUUUCUUUCAUAAUUAUUUAGGAAGGUAGAAAACGCACGCUUUUGUGCAAUUUCGUAGGAAGACAACUCACAGUUCAGUUUGCGUCAAUGGAUUGUAAAACGCACGAAUCAGCUGAAUGACAACAUCGCCAAAGCGAUGUAACCAGCUUUGCUAAAAAGAAACAUUCACCCUCAAUGAAAUAAAAAUACUUUCAGUUAAAUUUAAGUCUGUUAUUUUUUUUUCGAGCAAUUUUUCCAAGGGCAAUUACUACAUUUAUGAUGUAAUGCCCUCAAUACCAAUUAUAUUUGAACACAGGAAUAAAACAAAUUUGAUAUGAAGCUACAUAUUUGAUAUAAUUUGAAUAUAUCAACAAAGUUG